AUGGGAUCCAUUACGCCGCGAGACUCACAAAUCUCGAGAUUCGAUCUCCAGAAGUACAUGGCAGAACAUCCGGCAGUAAAGACUGCCUGGAUAUUUGACAUCGCAGAGUUCGGUCCCCACGAUGGACUGGCAACUGCUCUUGUGCUUGAGAAACCCACUGGUUCUAAGGAACAGGACCUCGUGGUUAUGAAAAAUGUGCGACAUGGUCUUUUCGUGAAGAUGACUGCAUUGGGCCUGGCUACACAACUUCCUCAGAAAUGGAUUGUUCUCCAGGAGCUGCCGCUUUGUUCAUCUGGGUCCAUCGAUGAAGUUGCCCUGCGGCGCCAAUUGAGAACAGGGCAUGAUAUCUAUGGAAACAAUGCAUUGGUGGAUGGAAAUGGAGGAAUGAAGAAAACCAGUUUGGAACACCCUCAACAGCAACCCCCGUCUGAUCUACUGCCAUCUACCAUAUCCUCUCACCUUUUGUCAGAGGCCGAACGCCAGUGUCGCCUACCUUCUCAAGCAAGCAUCGAGGAUGUUCAUCCAUGCUCAUACCUCCAGGAGGGUUUCAUGGCUCUGGCUGAGAAGCAACCGGGGACGUAUAUUGACAAAUACGUGUACAGGCUCCCGGAGAGUGUAAGCACUCAACUUUUCAAGCUUGCCUGGGAGUCGACAAUGGCCAUGUGCAGCAUAUUGCGCACACGAAUGGUGCUUUACCAAGGUUCAUCCAUGCAGGUGGUCAUCAGGGAUCAGCCAAGCUGGGAAUGGAGCAACGGGCAACACGACUUAUCUUCUGCGUUGGAGGCAGUCCAAGAGGUUGAGAUGACUUAUGGUUCGCGCCUUUGCUUCUAUUCAUUGAUACAAGAGGCCGAUGGUCAGAGAUAUUUCAUUUGGAUCAUGCACCACUCGAUCUAUGACGGAUGGACGCAACGCCUCAUUAUUGAAACCUUACACCAAUAUUAUCAUUCCGGCGAAGUCACCCCGGGACUUAACUCGCAUGCCGAGUUUGUAAAUUAUACUAAGAACCUUGACCGUGCACACAUAGGAGAGUACUGGAUGGAGCAAUUGCGAGAUGCGUCGCGUAGUGAGCUCCCUCAACUCAAGGCGCGGACCAACUCAGUGACGAACAGACAGCGAAGGACGAAAGAAUUGAGAAGGAAAGUCGAGUAUCAACGACAAGGUCCUACGGCUGCUUCUAAGGGUAGCGUCUUGCGUGCGGCAUGGGCUCUUGUGCUUGCGCGAUAUAAUGAUUCUGACGAUGUUUCCUUUGGUGCAACAGUUUCUGGACGUCGCGCGCCGGUGUCUGGCCUAGAUAGAGUCGCUGGUCCUGUCAUUGCGACACUGCCGAUUCGCAUCAUCAUCGAUCGGCAGUUGACCAUCAAAGACUUUGUGCAGAAAGUUCAACUGCAAGCACGAGGCAUGGUUCCUUACGAGCAAUUUGGCUUGCAGAACAUUGCUAAGCUGAGCAGUGAGGCAAAGCAAGCCUGCAACUUCUUUUCGCUGCUAGUCAUCCAACCCGCCAACAUGGCAAACAUGCUUGAGGGAAUUGAAAAUCCGAUUCUAUCCAAGAUCAAAGACGAUAAGCGGCUACAGGUAUCUCAACAGCUUGCAAGCAACAUGGAUUACCCAGUAGUGGUUCAAAUAUACAUGCAUGAGACACAUGUCGAGUUCCACGCCGUAUAUGACGCUGAAGUCCUUUCCGAUGGGCAGAUAGAGGCUAUAUCGAUUCAGUUUGACUGGGUGGUUCAGCAGCUGUUACAGCAAAAUGAAAAGCCACUGAGUGAGGUGACACUAGCAGGGCCUUGGGACUUGCAGCAGGCGACGAGAUGGAAUAACGACAUAGUAGCUGAAGACGCAUCCAGCUUCCUACCCGACUUACUGUCUAUGCAGUCUCGGAGUAGUCCAGGCUGCGAUGCUAUUUGUUCGUGGGAUGGCGUCGUCACGUACGCAGAGCUCGAAAGCGUCUCAAGUCAGAUCGUGCACUACCUAUCCGACUGUGGCGUUCGUCCUGGUAUAAUAAUCCCGAUCUGUUUCGAGAAGUCCAAGUGGACCAUUAUAGCAAUGAAUGCCAUCAUGAAGGCAGGCUGUGCGUUUGUGCCUCUGGAUCCCUUGCACCCGAAGUCGCGACUUGAGAUGCUUGUGCAGGAUGUGGACGCGCGCAUCAUCCUUGUCUCGCCGACAACUGCUUCACUCUGGAAAGACUCAGCUAUUCAGUCCAUUGUGUUAUCUGACGACUUGGACACUUGGCUCUCAAAGCCGGCCGAUUUCAGACUGCCCACAGCGUACAAACAGACUGCCCCUAGUACAUUAGCAUGCGUCAUGUUCACAUCAGGAUCAACAGGAAAGCCAAAGGGAAUAUCGAUUGAGCAUGGUGCUUUUUGCGCAAGUCUCCUGGCUCAAGGGAAAAGAUUUGGAAUUGGACAACUAUCUCGCGUCCUGCAGUUCUCCAACUACAUAUUUGAUGUCGGCUUGGGUGAUAUUUUUGUCACUCUAAUUUUUGGUGGCACUGUCUGUGUGCCCUCAGAUACUGAGCGUCUGCAAGAUAUUACCGGUCAUAUGCGAGAUUCGUCUGUGAAUACGGCACAACUCACUCCUUCCUUUGCCGCCACCCUUGAUCCCGCUGAAGUUCCAACCCUCACAACGCUUAUUCUUGCAGGAGAAGUGGUAACGACAAGCGAGUUGCAGAAGUGGUAUGGCCGGGUGAGGUUAUUCAACGGUUAUGGACCUACCGAGACUUGUAUUUAUAGCGCGACGUAUGAAUAUCGUUCCGAAGAAGAUUGCCCUGCUAUGAUUGGAAAGGGACUUACUACCGAUUCUUGGAUCGUGGAGCCUCACAAUCAUGAUCGCCUGGCACCAAUUGGUUGUAUAGGGGAACUUUUGGUGCAAGGAGCCGCAAUUGCGCGUGGUUACUUCAAGGAUACAGAGAAGACGGAGAAAUCAUUCCUUGAUACGGUUGCGUGGCAGUCAAAAGCGAAAGGAGGGAAAGCACCAAGGUUUUAUAAGACUGGCGAUCUGGUGAGGUACCAGCCCGACGGGAAUCUCCAGUACAUCGGCCGCAAAGACACUCAAAUAAAGAUUCGCGGUCAACGUAUGGAAUCAGGAGAAGUCGAACAUCAGAUCAAAGUUUUGCUCCCGGAUAUUGAUCAUGUGGUGGUGGACGUGGCUCACCAGGCGGCGCAUGAAGUCGUUGUUGCCUUCUUGAGCUUUGGCGACGACAGAACGGCAAGCAGCGACACUAACAUAUUGUUCAAGGACACACUGCUCACUAUGGAUGUUGAGAUGCGUCGCUCCCUAUCUCUGCUUGCAUCUGGCCUUCAAGAUGCCCUUCCUACGUUCAUGGUGCCCAGCCUGUUUAUCCCGCUUCGACGGAUGCCGUUUGGGUCUACUAUGAAGAUCAAUAGGAAGCAGUUGCGCUCUUGGGCAGAUGAACUGUCUGCUGAAGAGCUACUGGCAUACUCACUUGUAGUUAGGGAUACAUCCCAGCCUACAACAGUAAUGGAAUUCCGAGUGAGAGAUCUGUGGGCUGCAGUGCUCAAGAUCCAGUCCGCUGAUAUUGCAAAACAUGACAGCUUUUUGCAGAUAGGAGGUGAUUCGAUUAGUGCUGUGCAGGUAGUCUCGCUAGCACAACAGAGAGGCAUAAAGUUGCAAGUAGCAUCGAUUUUUAAAGAUCCUCGCUUGUCCCACGUCGCAGCUAGUGCUGUCGAGGUGGAUGAGCCCAGCACAUUCAGCAUGAAGCCAUUUGAUCUGUUGCCAGCUGACCAAGUGGACAGUAUUCUGGAUCAGGCUCGAAAAGAGUGCUUCUUGGAUGAGGAUCAGUCUAUUGAAGAUGCUUAUCCCUGCUCACCUUUUCAAGAAGGGUUGAUGGCCUUGAGUGUCACACAACCAGGUUCUUACACAGCCCGCCAAAUUUACAAGCUACCCAAAUUUGUAGAUGUACCUCGAUUCAAGCGAGCCUGGAAUCAGACAGUUUCGAGCUGUGCGAAUCUGAGGACCAGGAUCGCGCUUAUUAACGGGACCUUCAUGCAAGUCAUUGUUAGAAAUGACAUUCACUGGGACUCCGAAGAAUCGAGUGCCACAUUGGAUGAUGCCGUCGAGCUUACCAAAGCUACACCUAUGACCUAUGGCUCACGCCUUUGUCGUUAUGCAUUGUCGUCUAGCACAGACGGUGAUACGUAUUUUAUUUGGACUAUGCACCAUUCAGUGUUUGACGGCUGGACUGUCGCCCUGAUCAGAAAGCAGCUAUUCAGUUUCUACACCAGCAUAACACCACCCAGUGUGCAGCCAUACGCCCGAUUUAGCAAAUAUAUAGGAGACCUCGGUGGGAAAGACAUCCAGGAAUACUGGCUUAAACAACUUGACGGCGCCAAACGAGUCAUAUUCCCUUCUCAAACUCUGCGUAAUCCAGCGUCUGAAUCAGGAGAGGCCAACGGCCCCAUCAACAAAUUUUCAGUACGAUCAAUUCAGUUUCCGCAAUCAACAUCCCUAUCUAUCACUAAAGCUACAAUUCUUCGAGCCGCAUGGGCGAUUGUUCUUGGGCGAUAUUGCGAGUCUGAUGAUGUAUGCUUCGGUGCAUCUGUCUCUGGCAGACAAGCAGCAGUCUCCGGCUUGGACAGCAUGCCUGGCCCAGCUUCAGCCACUGUUCCCAUCAGAGUACGGCUUGAUUCCUCGCAGAAGAUAAUCGAAUUCUUACACGGGAUUCAAACUCAAGCAUCGGAAAUGGUGCCUUAUGAGCAGGCAGGUCUCCAACACAUCUCAAAGCUAAGCCCUGAUGCUCGGGAUGCGUGCGAUUUCACCAGCCUGCUCGUAAUUCAACCAGCAAGACUGCUUGACGUACACAGCGAUCAAGAAAGUAUCAUGAUUCCCGUUGAAACUGGAAGGGGACGAUUGGCUGGAGAUGAGCUAUUAGAAGGAUACUUCAGCUAUCCUCUCGUGGCACAGGUCUUUGUACACGACAAGAACGUAGAGCUACAUGUUACAUAUGAUUCGCGGGUUCUUGAAGAGCUUCAAGUGACUGCGCUUUCCAGCCAUUUUCACCAAGUUGUCUCUCAGCUGCUGGCACAUGGUGACCAAACACUUGGAGACGUGUCUUUGACAGGAUCGUGGGACCUACAACAGGCAACCAUGUGGAACAACGAAACCCCAGAAAUCAUAGACUUCUGUGUUCACGAUUUAAUCUCAGAACAAGCGCGACUUCGGCCAGAAGCAACAGCGAUAUCAGCUUGGGACGGAAAUCUAACUUAUUCGGAACUUGACAAGACAGCCAACAGACUUGCUUGUCAUCUUGUUGAGCUUGGCGUUGCUACCGAGGACCUUGUACAUGUGUGCUUUGAGAAAUCCAUCUGGUUUUUCGUUGCGAUUCUGGCUAUCAAUAAGGCUGGCGGUGCUUGGGUUCCGCUCGAUCCAUCACACCCUCUCCAUCGGCAGCAAACAAUCUUCCAACAAACACAGGCCAGAUUCGGAUUGGCAUCAUCAUCAAACGCUGACAUGUGCCGAGCAAUUGGUAUGGAGGUCAUUGAGGUAGGCGAGAACUUGAAUGAGUUUCUUGCAGCUCAGCCGACAGAUCGAACUUACGAUUCGUCCCCGCCAUCUGGAGUUAGGCCUGAGAAUGCCGCCUACGUUCUUUUCACGUCUGGCAGCACUGGCACGCCGAAAGGACUUGUAAUGGAACAUAGAUCAGUGUGUACAAGCCAGCACAACAUUGCAAAGCGGUUAGGUAUCACGCCUAAUGUACGGAUGCUGCAAUUUGCUGCCUAUGUGUUUGACCUUUGUAUCGGUGAGAUUUUCGGCACACUGAUAUCUGGCGCUUGCCUGUGCGUUCCUUCGGAUGAUACACGUGUUGACAAAUUAAUUGACUUUAUCAACACAAUGGAUGUCAAUUGGGCAUUCCUUACGCCCGCCUUCGUCCGGACUAUGACCCCAAGCCAAGUCCCGAGACUAGAGCUAUUGCUUCUUGCUGGAGAGGCUGUUGGAAUAGACAUCCUACACACAUGGUUUGGCAAAGUUCGUUUGGUCAACGGCUGGGGGCCGGCCGAAACAUGUGUAUUCAGCACUCUUCACGAAUGGACAUCUCUGAGUGAAUCACCAUUGACGGUCGGACAGCCUGUGGGAGGCCUGUGCUGGAUUGUAAACCCAGAAAAACCCCAUGAGCUAGCUCCAAUCGGGUGUGUCGGUGAGGUUGUGAUCCAGGGCCCGACUAUUUUGCGAGAAUAUCUCGACGACGAGAAGAAAACAGCAGAGUCACUGACCACCGAGUUGCCUGAAUGGGCACCCCAGAACCGCAAAGAGACGUGGAGCUGGGGAAGGUUCUUCAAGUCUGGAGACUUAGCUGUAUAUAACCCUGAUGGCACAAUCAAGUUUACCAGUCGCAAGGAUACCCAGGUGAAGAUACGGGGUCUCCGUGUUGAACUUGGUGAAGUCGAGCAAACUAUUCGCACAGUUUUGUCAGGCGUCAAGCAAGUAGUGGUGGAUGUUUAUAAGCAUAAGGCGGGUGUCAACCUCGUGGCGUACCUGUGCUUCGACGAGUAUUCAACAUCCGUGUCUGAGGAUAUGUUUCUGCCAAUGAAUGAGGAACUGGAGAGGCAAACGACAGGUCUGGUCGGUGAGCUGAACGUGCGACUUCCUCGAUAUAUGGUGCCGACGCUUUUCAUCCCGUGUCGUUGGAUGCCGUCUAUCACUUCGACGAAGUUGGACAGAAAAAGGCUUCAGAAUCGCACCUUAAAUCUAAGUCGGGAGCAAGUAGCUCGUUACUCACUAGUAGGCUUGAAGAAGCGGGCUCCAGAAACGACCAAGGAGGUCCAAAUGCAGCAGCUUUGGGCGACGGUCCUUGAUCUGCCUAUUGAGUCAAUCGGACGAGACGACAACUUCCUUCAGAUCGGCGGUGACUCAAUAUCAGCAAUUAAACUUGUCACUCUAGCACGUGAGAAUGGCAUUGAACUUACUGCUGCUGGCAUUUUGAAGGAUGCUCGACUGUCGCAUUUGGCAGCAAAUGCACAACCAGUUGUGAGCAUUGCCUCGCAAGCCGUGACUCGGUUCAGUCAGCUGAGGAAUAACAACAUGAACGAGCUAUUGGGCCAAAUUGCAGCUCAAUGCAAUCUUGACUCCCAGGAGACCAUUGAGGACGCGUAUCCUUGCACGGCCUUUCAGCAAGGCUUGAUGGCACUUACCGCGACACAGCCAGGUUCCUACAUAUGCAAAUUUGUAUACAGGGUACCGGGACAUAUUGAUGUUGGCCGAUUCCAACGUGCGUGGGAAAAAACCGUUUCUGAAUGUGAGAUCCUGCGAACUAGGAUUGCGUUCGUCGGAGGCCGUUUCAUCCAGGCAGUUAUCAAUGACAGUGUUGCGUGGGACCACGAUGGCGAGCAAGCUAUUGAUCUUGAAUCUGCGACGGAAUAUACCAAGGGCAUAAUGAUGGGAUACGGAUCGAAACUGUGCAGAUUCUCUAUGGCGACAGGAAGCAAGGGGCAAAUUUACUUCUUAUGGACCAUUCAUCAUGCGAUCCUGGAUGGUUGGACCAUCGGCCUUAUUCAGGAACAGUUAAAGUCCUUCUAUAACGGGAGUAAACCUAUUGCACGUCUACCGUAUAGCCACUUUAUCAACUACUUGAAUGGGCUUGAUCAGGAGGUGGCCAAACAGUACUGGCAGUCUCAGCUUCAAGAUGCCAAGCGAGCCACGUUUCCAGACCUGGGAGAUGAAUGCCAAAGGGCCACCCAGUCGAAGAGAUGUGUUAUUACCUUCCCUAACACAAAGGACUCAUCCUUCACAACAGCCACAGUACUCCGUGCGGCGUGGGCUCUUGUCCUUGCGCGGUACUGUGAGUCGGGGAGCGUGUGUUUCGGCACAUCUAUCUCGGGACGUCAUGCUCCUUUACCAGGACUAAAUAACGUCGUUGGUCCUACCAUUGCCAGUGUUCCGGUUCAUAUUAGUAUCAACAAAGGGUCAACCGUUGCCUCUUUCUUGGAAGAUGUGCAGUUGCAGGCAUCCACUAUGACAAUACAUGAACAGUUUGGUCUACAGAACAUCACGAAGCUAAAUGCCCAGAUUCAGGACGCUUGCCAGUUCUCUAGUUUACUCAUUAUUCAACCCAAAGACGUUCAUGCUACAAGACGAGAAGAUGGUGCCAUCAUUAUCCCGACCAUGGCAUUAGCCGAGGGAAGCUCCGACAAUGACUAUUUCCAGGGAUUCUUCAACUAUCCGCUUGUGCUGCAAUUUUUGCUGCACGAAGAACACGUCGAGUUCCUCGCUAUUUACGACUCAAACGUUGUGACAGAUUUGCAAGUCACCGCACUGGCUAAUCAGCUAGACCACGUUAUUCAGCAAUUGCUGUCGCCAGACACAGAUCGUGUUGGUGACAUAACAUUGACUGGCCGGUGGGAUAUUGAUCAAGCAGUUCAAAGAGCGUCAUGGUCAACACCACAACUCGAAUACAGCUGCUUGCAUGAUCUUGUAUCUAGCCAAGCAGCUCGUUCGUCUUCAAAACAAGCCGUGUACGCUUGUGAUGGAGCUCUCACAUAUGGUGAGCUUGACGACCACUCCACAAUGCUAGCUCGCUAUUUGGUACAGCUCAACUACGCACCAAACACAAUGAUUCCGAUCUGCUUUGAGAAAUCAAAGUGGGCUGUUGUUGCUAUGAUUGCGGUACUAAAAGCAGGCGGUGCCUUUGUGCCGUUGGACCCUUCACAUCCUUCAGCUCGCAUCCAAGCAACUAUCCAGGAGAUUAGGGCUCCAUGUGUAUUGGUGUCCCCCAGAACGGCAGACUUGUUUACCAACAAGACGCUUCAUUCAAUCACUGUUUCUCAUCACUCUUUGGAGACUCUAAGUGGCCUCACAACAAGCAUAUCCCACGUUCUUUCAAACCCUGCCACCCCUGCUUAUGUUCUUUUCACAUCUGGCUCUACCGAGAUCUUUACUGCUUUACUCGUCGGAGGCACGGUGUGCAUCCCAUCUGAAGUAGAUCGGAUGGAGAAUAUUGCUCCCUGGAUUGAGCAAGCGAGAGUCAAUGUGGCUUUCCUAACUCCUUCCUUUGCCAACGCUAUUAAACCUGAUCGAGUUCCCAGUUUAAAGAUGAUCGUGCUCGGUGGUGAGGCUCCGACAAAACAAAAUCUGGCAACCUGGUUUGGGCAUGUAAAGCUCAUCAAUGGUUAUGGUCCCACUGAGACGUCCAUUUACACCACGUUAUACGAGUAUCAGACCUCUGACGAUUCCCCGGGAACAAUCGGCAAGCCUAUUAACGGUCUAUGCUGGGUGGUUGAGCCUGAUGAUGACCGAAAACUUGUCCCAUUUGGCUGUGUUGGAGAGCUUUUGGUGCAGGGCCCUACGAUUGCCAAGGGGUACCUCUCGGACGUGAACAAAACUCGAGAACAAUUUAUCGACAACAUAGACUAUCUAACUUCUCGGACUACGACGUCGAAUUUUCGAACGUACAAGACAGGAGACCUUGUGCGAUAUAAUGGCAAUGGGUUAUUGGAGUAUCUGGGCCGAAAAGAUACCCAGGUCAAGAUACACGGGCAGCGGCUUGAGUUGGGCGAGAUUGAACACCAUGUUAAGCACGCUCUUCCUCAGGUUGAAUCAGCUGUGGUGGAAAUGAUCCACCGUGAGCAAAAACAAAUCCUCGCAGUGUUCAUGACAUUUGCCAACUCAUACGAUAUGCCCCUGGACCAACAGGUGGCCAACGAUACUGGCCUUGGACUGCUCGCUAUGACCGAGAACAUGCAGUCUACUCUCAGAAGCUUGGUGGGCGAGCUACAAAAGGCUUUGCCACAAUAUAUGGUUCCAAGCCUAUUUCUGCCUGUCCGCGAGAUCUCACUCAUGACUUCGAUGAAGGUGGACAGACUGAGGCUUAAGACUCUGGCUGCUCAACUUCCCAUGUCUCAGCUGGCGACGUUUUCUCUGUCGAAGAAGGACAGCGUUGUGCCAACUACUGACAUGGAGCUUAGACUGCGUCACAUCUGGGCCAAGGUACUGAACGUAAAGGAGGAAGAGAUUGGCAAAUAUGACAACUUUUUGCGGAUUGGUGGCGAUUCACUAAGUAUCAUCCAAUUAGUAUCGUUGGCUCGUGAGCGAGGCAUUGGACUAUCUGCUACUGCCUGCCUGAGACAUGCUGGUCUUUCGGAGAUGUCAGAGAGGGCCAAAAUCAUUGAUGACAGUUUGUUGUCUACAAUUGAACCAUUUAGUCUCUUACCGGAUGAGCAUACAGAUGUGCUCCAGCAAGUCAGUGAGCAGUGUGAAUUGACCGCCAAACAGAACAUUGAAGAUGCAUAUCCCUGUACACCACUUCAAGAGGGAUUAAUGGCUCUCAGUGUUACGAACCCAGGGUCGUACACAGCCCGGUAUGUGUAUAGACUCCCCAAGACGGUCAAUUUGACCCGUUUCCGUCAUGCUUGGAAUCAGACCCUGUUACAUUCGCAUGCCCUACGAACAAGGGUUGUCUUUGUCGAAGGACAGUCUAUCCAAGUAGUGGUCGAGGAGGAGCCUGAGUGGGAUUUCGAAGGUCUCACAUCACUGGAAGAAGUCGAGGCUCACUCAAAGACAUUGCGUAUGACGUACGGUACUCGAUUAAACCGCUACUCCUUGGCCCAGGGACCUGAUGGACACGCAUAUUUCAUUUGGACCUUACACCAUGCUAUCUUUGACGGUUGGACUCUGGGUCUUCUGCGACAACAAUUACACAAUUUCUAUCACGACAGUUCGGCGCCAACUCUGCGGCCGUACUCUGGAUUUAUUAAAUAUCUCACCGAUCUAGACAGGAACGCGGGCAGGGACUUUUGGCUAGCACAACUGAAAGGCGCCAGAAGGGCAGUGUUUCCUCCAGAAGGGGUCUCGCAAGCGGCAUCCCCGUCUGCUGCCAGUCGUGGCAGUCAAAUAGCGACGAAGCGAAUCUCGCUGUCUAAGACAGGUCUGUCCACAAUUACAAAUGCCACCAUUUUGCGUGCGGCGUGGGCAAUUGUGCUUGCACGGUACUGCGAUUCCGAUGAUAUUUGUUUCGGUACGUCUAUUUCAGGACGUCAAGCUGCAGUCCAGGGCCUAGCAAACAUGGCUGGUCCGGUAGUUGCUACGAUUCCCGUACGGGUUCGUCUUGACCGACAGACGUCAAUCAGUCAGUUCUUGCAAGACAUCCAAGCCCAGGCAUUUGACAUGGUGCCACAUGAACAAUUCGGAUUACAGAACAUCAUGAAACUUAAUGAAGAAGUUCGGGAGGCUUGUGACUUCUCUAGUUUAUUGGUGAUCCAGCCGGGUCGACUGCUCGACUCUGGCCAUACCUCAGACUCAGUCUUGACAACAACCUCUGACGGAAAUGAGGCAGCUACCGAUGAUACAUUUGAAGGGUAUUUUAACUAUCCGCUGGUUGUGCAGUGCAUUAUGAACGAUGAUUUCAUCGACUUCUACACCUUAUAUGAUGCACAAGUCCUUAGCAGUAGCCAGAUGGAGGCUUUAUGUAUACACUUUGACCUGGUGGUGCAACAGCUGCUCAAAGAGGGAAGUACGCCGCUAGCUAACAUCCAAAUCGCCGGUGUAUGGGAUGUACAGCAAGCGACCCAGUGGAAUGGAGAAGGUCCGGAAGUGAUUACAGACUGUCUUCAUAACUUGAUAGAGCAGCAAGUCCCGCUCGCGCCAGAUGCCUUGGCUGUUCAAGCAUGGGAUGGCACACUCACUUACACAGAGCUUGACCAAGCGGCCAAUCGAUUAGCGCACCACCUGCUACGUGAGCAUACUAUUCACAUAGAGGAUCUUAUCCACGUGUGUUUCGAGAAAUCUCUCUGGUACAUCGUGUCAAUCCUAGCCAUAAAUAAGGUCGGCGCCGCUUGGGUACCGUUAGACCCUUCGCAUCCGAUGGAACGCCAAAAGACUGUGAUGAGGCAAACCGGCGCAACACUCAUACUUGUUUCUCCUACGCAUGCAGACACAUACCGCAACCUGAAUAUGCAAGUCAUCGAGGUUUCAGAGACUCUUGAUCGUGGACUGCCGACUUCCUUCUCUGCGUCGGUGAAUUCCAUCGAGGUCAGAGCAAACAAUACUUCCUACGUCCUCUUCACUUCCGGUAGCACAGGAAUUCCAAAGGGAUUCGUCAUGGAGCAUGGUGCUGUUUGUACUAGUCAGAAAGCCAUCGCCAAGAGACUUGGUCUAACAUCGGACAAGAGAGUGCUUCAAUUUGCCUCACACGUGUUUGAUCUUGGUGUGGGCGAAAUAUUCAGCACGCUGGCAUCUGGGGCUUGCCUUUGUAUUCCGUCUGAGGAGAUCCGCACCAAUAAGCUUGCACAGUUUAUCUGCGAUAUGAACAUCAAUUGGCUCUUCCUUACCCCUUCUUUUAUCCGAACGUUGCGGUAUAAAGAUAUCCCUUGUGUGGAAGCUGUGGUAUUAGCUGGAGAGGCUGUAAGCCGAGACAUUCUUGAAGAAUGGGUUCCCGAUGUCCGUCUUAUCAAUGGAUGGGGCCCUGCCGAGACGUGCGUAUUUAGUACGUUGCAUGAGUGGUCUUCUCCAAAUGAGUCGCCUUUAACAAUAGGGCGACCGGUUGGAGGUUUCUGCUGGAUUGCAAAUGCAGAUAACCCCAGCCAGCUGGCCCCCAUCGGCUGCGUGGGCGAAGUUAUCAUUCAAGGUCCAACAUUAUUAAGAGAGUAUCUCGCAGACGUCGAAAGAACAGAAUCAUCAGUCAUUAAGGCGCCUCUUUCGUGGGCACCGCGGCAGGGCCAAUCUCACUGGAGUCGCUUUUACAGAUCCGGUGACUUGGCUUCAUACAACUCGGAUGGAACUAUCGAGUUUGUUGGCCGGAAGGACACCCAGGUCAAAAUUCGCGGCCUUCGCGUGGAGCUAGGCGACGUUGAGCAAAACAUUCGCAAAGCUUUGGCUUCUGAGAAUUUGGAGGAGAUUGCCGCUGAUGUUUACAAGACGGACACUGGCUCAACUCUUGUAUCAUAUCUCCAUUUCGCCAGGGGCUCUAGGUUGGCUGCCUCGAGCUCCGGGGACCCUGAAAACAUAUUUUCUCCGAUGACUGAUGAGCUUCAAAAUUCUUUCAUCAGCCUUAUUGGACACUUGAAGAUGACUCUACCUGGGUAUAUGGUGCCAACCAUAUUUAUUCCUUGUGGCCGCAUGCCCUUUGUCACAUCAACCAAACUUGACAGGAAGAAGCUACGCCAGCUAACAACAGAGCUUGGUGAAGAUGAGCUUGCUAUGUAUUCUUUGAUAAGCUCACAGAAACGCGGGCCUCAGACAGUCAUGGAAGCCACCAUGCAGCAAUUGUGGUCCACCAUCCUUCGCAUUAAACCAGAGUCUAUUGGCCGCGACGAUAGCUUCUUGAAGAUUGGUGGUGACUCAAUUGGUGCCAUUCACCUGGUCUCCCUUGCCCGCCAAAGGGGUAUUGAGUUGACCGUUGGUCUCAUUUUCCAAGACUCCCGGCUGUCAAGUGUUGCCGCCAAUGCUGUGGUUAUGACUGACAGCACCGACUCAACAGUACAACCAUUCAGCCUAGUUCAGGUUGGUUCCAUGGAAAUCUUCCUGAAGGAUAUCAAAAAAGAGUGCGGCCUUGAGCAAGAAUGUGCCAUUGAAGAUGUAUAUCCUUGUACACCGCUUCAAGAAGGAUUAAUGGCGCUAUCCUUGACGCAAGGCGGCUCGUACAUUGCCCGGAUCACAUAUAACUUGCCGGAGAACGUCGAUGUCCACCUUUUUAAAGCUGCAUGGCGCCAAACUGUUUCCUAUUGCUCGAAUCUUCGAACUAGAAUCUGCGUCAUAGAGGGCAAAUCGGUUCAGUGUAUUGUCAAAGGUGAUUCCAACUGGGACUCAGAUUCCCAAGCCACUCUAAAUGCAACCAUGACACAUGGAACCAGACUUUGCAGAUUCAGUAUCUCUGAGGGCUCUGAUGGCAAAGCAAUAUUCACGUUGGCAUUGCAUCAUUCCAUUUUUGAUGGUUGGACCUUGAAUCUCGUCAUGAGAACUCUGCAAAGCUUCUACCGCGGGACUGAAGUUGCCGUUCUUCAGCCUUACACCAAUUUCAUCAAGUACUUAGCCGACGAUGACCACACAGCUUGCAUACAGUACUGGAAACAACAACUCGACGGAGCAAAGCCAUGCAACUUCCCUCCAAGUAGAGUCUUCUCCAAAUCGUCAGAUAAUGGGUUCCACAUUGGGCGGCCGGUGAUAAGACGCAUUUCGAUUCCUCAGUCAAAACCGUCUUCCAUCACCCUAGCUACUGUCCUACGCGCGGCUUGGGCUAUUGUACUUGCACGUUACAGCGAGACCGAUGAUACAUGUUUUGGUUCAUCUAUAUCAGGUCGGAACGCUUCUGUCCCAGGAAUUGAGACAAUGCCUGGCCCAACCGUCGCGACUGUCCCAAUUCGCAUUCGCCUGGACAAGGAGCAAGAUGUCACAAAAUUUCUUCAUGGCGUCCAGAAACAGACGUCCGAAAUGACGAUAUAUGAGCAAUUUGGUGUGCAAAAUAUAUCGAAGAUUGAUGAUGGCUGUCGAGAAGCGUGCAAUUUCUCAAGCUUGAUUGUAAUUCAGCCUGCAGAGCUUACCAAGUCUUCAGAUACCAGUGAUGCUGUGCUCUUGGCUUCUCAGGCCGACGAGAACUCAUUAGCGCAAUUACUGGAGGGAUAUUUUAACUAUACACUCCUCAUACAAAUCCAUCUGCAUGGAGACCAUGUCGAAUUCCAAGGCCUCUACGACUCAAUGGCUCUCUCCGAAAGCGAAAUCACUACAUUGUCUUACCAAUUCGAUCACGUUGUCCAGCAGCUACUCACCCGUGAUACGACGACGAUCCUUGAUGACAUAUCUGUCUCUGGCCCAUCAGACCUACAACAGGCCCUUCAGUGGAACUCCGAUAUAAACCAAAUUAUCUCUGGCGAUUGUUUGCACAACAUGGUGUCUGCCAUGUCAACUCAAUAUCCCGAAAAAGAUGCCAUCGAUGCAUGGGAUGGCACUUGCACGUAUGCUGAGCUUGAUGAGUUAUCAACCUAUCUUGCUCAACACCUCGUGAACUGUGGCGUUCAGCCGGGAAGUUUUGUACCAUUCUGCCUCAAGAAGUCACGAUGGGCGAUUAUUGCCAUGCUUGGUAUUAUGAAGGCUGGUGCCGGUUUUGUUCCACUUGAUCCUGAGCACCCGAUUACCCGCCGUCAGCUUCAGGUCAGCGACCUCCAGGUUAAACUACUGAUCACAUCACCAGAUAUGAGUGCUGCCUGCGGGGACCUAGGCGUUCAAUCACUGCUUCUUUCCGAUUCCCUUAUCACAGAAGUCUCCGAGUCAUGGUUACGUUGUGGGAAGCCGACUUUCCGCCCGGUCUCCAAUUCAGAGCAUCCUGCAUACAUCCUGUAUACAUCAGGAUCUACUGGGGUACCCAAGGGCAUCGUUAUACAACAUGGUCCCGUGUGCUCCAAUCUAAAAGCCCAGGCGGAUUUUCUGAAUACAAGCACCGACACCCGAUUCUUGCAAUUCUCGAGCUACGCUUUCGAUAUGUCUAUAUUUGAGAUAUUUGUAACUCUAAUUCAUGGAGGAACUGUUUGUGUACCAUCUGAGGACGACCGCCUGCAAAAUGUUGCUUCCUAUAUGAACCGUUCUGGAGUCAACACAACCUGUCUUACGCCCUCAUUCGCAAGUACUCUUCGACCGGAUGAUCUACCUGCAUUAAAAACGCUUGUAAUUGGUGGCGAGGCACCAACAAAGGACAAUAUCAACAUGUGGUGCAGCCGGGUAACUUUAAUUAACGGCUACGGACCAACAGAAACAUGCAUUAUAUUAUCCAUGCACAAAUAUGAAACAGAAACAGAACAUCCAUCGAUAAUCGGAAAGAGCCUUAGCAAUUUCUGUUGGGUUGUGGAUGCCGAUAACCACAACCGCUUGGCACCCAUCGGGUGCGUCGGCGAGCUUCUUGUUCAAGGUUAUUCUUUGGCACAUGGAUACUGGAAGAAUGAAGCCAAAACAUCAGAGUCAUUCAUCAACGAUGUCACUUGGUUGCCAUCCGGCUAUGGACACCCAGCUGCAUUGAGGUUUUACAAAACUGGCGAUUUAGUCAAGUACAACCCGGAUGGGAGCAUGAUUUAUGUCGGUCGAAAAGAUAGACAGGCAAAGCUCCGUGGUCAGCGUCUCGAGUUAGAAGAGAUUGAACAUCACAUAAAGGCCACCCUUCCCAACGCUGUCCACGUCGUUGUCGAUAUUGUCAGACAUGAUCAGCGUGAUGUGUUGGUUGCAUUUGUUGCCUUACCCAACCAAGCUAACAAUGAAGUCGCGAACACAUCUAAGAAACAAGAUGAUACGAUGUUCCCCAUGAACGAGGAACUACGGGAGAUGUUUUUGGAGUUAACAAGCACCCUGCAGAUGUCUUUACCACGCUACAUGGUGCCCACUGUGUUCCUACCUCUCUACAGAAUGCCCUUUGUAACAGCGAUGAAGAUAGACAGGAAGGAGCUUCGAAGGGUUGCGGAAAGCCUUCCUGCAGAUCAGAUUACCAUCUAUUCUCUCGCCUCGCAGGAAAUUGUUUUGCCAGCCACGGAUAUGGAGUUUAAAAUGCGAGAGCUGUGGGCCGAGGUACUCAACCUUCGACCUGAGGACAUUGGCAGAAACGAUAGCUUUUUGCAGAUAGGCGGCGAUUCUAUUACCGUUGUGUACCUUGUGUCACUGGCUAGGAGGAACAACAUUGCUGUUACAGCAGCUUGCAUCUUCGACGACGCUCGCCUCUCACACGUUGCAUCUAACGCCACGAUGAUGGAUGACACGGACAACACAGCAAAUGUUGACGCGAUGAGUCUAUUACCGGGCAAUAAUACCGACGAGAUCGUAGCUAGCGCAGCGCAGAAGUGCGGUCUCGCCACUCCCGAGGCCAUUGAGGACAUUUACCCUGCCAUUUCACUGCAAGAAGGCCUUAUGGCUCUCAGUGUAACGCAACCUGGCUCUUAUAUUGCACGAUUCGCUUACAAGAUACCCGAUCAUGUUGAUAUAUUGCGUUUCAAAUGGGCUUGGGACCAAUUGGUGUCUCGGUGUAGUAGCCUGCGAACUAGGAUCAUCUCGAUGAAGGGGCGAACGGUCCAAGUUAUUGUCAAGGAUGAUACACUCUGGGACCGCUCGAAUGAUUCACUAGCCACCGCCAUGGAAGACGCGAAGAGCAUAAAAAUGUCGUAUGGGUCUCGGCUCUGUCGCUACUCCUUGGUUGAAGACAGUGACGGACAAACAUACUUUCUUUGGACAAUCCAUCACUCGAUAUUUGAUGGCUGGAGCAUGAAUCUCAUUACCAGCUACCUUUGUGAUCUGUAUAACGGGGCUAAACCCCCGACGCUAUUACCGCACUCUCGGUUCGUCAGAUACAUUGCUGAUGUGAACUUGGAUGCAUGCAAGGAGUUUUGGUCCGCUCAAUUGCACAAUGCAAUCAAAGCAUCUCUCCCCGGCCAGAAUGCAAAACCUACGAGGAGCAUGGAAAAUGCACCAGAAUUUGUGAAUCAGUCGUUGUCAGUGACGAUACCAUUCACCCGCAAGACUUCGUCAUCAACGGAUUCUAUCACUGCGGCCACGAUCGUACGUGCGGCAUGGGCCAUAAUUCUCGCCAGGUACACAAGCACAGAGGACGUGUGCUUUGGUUGUGUGGUAUCUGGGCGUCAUGCGGCCGUGGCAGGUCUAGAAUACGUAGCCGGUCCUACAUUGGCUACGGUUCCUGUUAGGGUUGCCAUGAAGACAACCCAAACUGUACCUGCCUUCUUGCAAGACAUCCAAGCCCAAGCAUCAAAUAUGGUCCCUUACGAGCAGUUUGGGUUGCAGAACAUCUCCAAGGUUAGUGACGCUGCUAAGGAUGCCUGCGACUUUUCUAGCUUGCUUGUCAUUCAGCCCAGCACACUCACCGACUCGACUGCCAAGUCAGUUAUAACUCCGGUCGACGUCGCAGUUGAAUCGACAAGCGGAGUUCUGGAGGGAUACUUCAAUUACCCACUCGUCGUUCAAGUCAUUCUGCACGACAACUGUCUUGAGUUUCAUGCCGUAUACAACUCGCAACUUCUGCACCAAGUAUACGUCACGGCGCUGUCCACCCACUUUGAGAACGUCGUCCAACAACUAGUGGCUGCUCCAGAGAAGACUCUGGUAAGCUCAGUGACCUUACAAGGGCCAUGGGAUUUGCAGAAGGCAAUAGAAUGGAACAGCGAGUCCGUGACACCAUACUUGGAGUCAUGUGUCCAUCACUUGUUUGAAGGUCAAGUACGACGUCAGCCAGAUGCCAUGGCAAUCCAGGCAUGGGAUGGCCAGCUCACCUAUUCGCAGCUUAAUCGUGCGGCGGAUAGGCUUGCAGUAUACCUUAUUGCUGAACUUGGAGUUACGACAGAGGACCUUAUACAUGUGUGUUUUGAUAAGUCCAUGUGGUUCUUUGUUGCCAUAUUAGCCAUCAACAAGGCUGGCGCAGCUUGGGUGCCUCUUGAGCCCUCACAUCCAAUCCAACGCCAGCGGGAUGUUCUAGCGCAGACAAGAGCGACAAUUGCGUUGGUUUCGCCAUCAAACGCGGAUAUGUGCCGAGACCUGGGCUUGCAUGUUACCGAAGUGACAUCAGCGCUCGACCAGGUCUUACUGGAAAGUUCAAACGGCGCUGUUGGACCUAUAAAUAGUAAUGUGACGGGACAUAACGCAGCCUAUGUGCUCUUUACGUCUGGAAGCACAGGCAUUCCCAAAGGCUUCGUUAUAGAACACAAGUCUGUAUGUACCAGUUUGACAGAGGCUGGUAAGAGGCUAGGAAUGAACUCUACAACAAAGGUGCUUCAAUUUUCUUCUUACGUCUUUGACGCCGUCAUUAUGGAGUCCUUGGCCACUUGGUUUGCCGGUGGCUGCAUCUGUGUUCCAUCCGAACAUGAGCCCUUCUCCCGAACUAUUAAGCCCGCAGACGUUCCGUCAGUCAAGACGUUAUUUUUGGGAGGAGAAGCAGUCGGUCAGGAUAUUAUUGACACUUGGUAUGGCAAAGUCCGCAUUUUUAACGCUUGGGGGCCUGCCGAAACCUGUGUGCUAAGCUCUAUCCAUGAGUUUACAUCUCUGUCUGGGUCACCACUAACCAUAGGAAAGCCAGUAGGAGGCUCAUGCUGGAUAGUAGAUGCGACGAAUCCGCAUCAACUUGCCCCCAUAGGGUGCGUGGGUGAGGUCUUGGUUAAUGGUUCCAACCUUCUCCGGGAGUAUCUUCGCAAUCCACAAAGAACUGAAGAAGCCAUGGUGCAGCCUAUACCCAGCUGGAUACCAGAUUGGCAGAGUCAGUUGAGCUGGAGGCGUGCUUACAAGUCUGGCGACUUGGCGUUUUAUAACCCCGACGGGACGAUUGAAUUCGUUGCUCGAAAAGAUACCCAAGUCAAAAUCCGCGGUAUUCGAAUAGAGCUGGGCGAGGUGGAACAGCAUAUCCGCCAAAGUGUGCACGAUGCGGAACAGGUUGUUGUUGAUGUUUACACUACAGAUUCUGGCACAACCCUCGUGGCGUACCUCUCGUUCAAGGAAGCAGAGCAGGACAGCAUUUGUUUACCUCAAAGUCAACAUGGGAUCUUCUCACCAAUGACAGAAAGCCUGCAACGAGAAAUGAUGGCUUUAGUGGGCAGUCUCCGGACGAAACUACCGCGGCACAUGAUUCCGACCAUAUUUAUCCCGUGUUCCCGAAUGCCCUUUAUUACUUCAACAAAGUUAGAUCGCACUAGACUUCGCCAGCUGACUUUGGCACUCAAUGGCAAAGAACUUGCUCUGUAUUCCCUCAGUGAGUCGGAGAAGCGACCGCCGGAGUCUGAGAUGGAGUCCACCUUACAGCAGUUAUGGGCAUCGGUUCUCAAUUUUCCUGCGGAAUCGAUCGGACGUGACGACAGCUUUCUUCAAAUUGGAGGAGAUUCUAUUACUGCGAUUCAACUAGUGUCACUAGCCCGCAGCCAGGGGCUCAUAUUAACAGUUGGCACUAUCUUUCAAGACGCACGUCUAUCCCAACUUGCAGCUUCUAUAAGCGCUGCGACACAAACUUCUUUGGAAGAUGAUGUUGCUCCGUUCAGUCUUCUUCCGUCGGACUCUUUGACUCACAUUCUCGAGAUUGCUCAGGAACAAUGUGGGAUACUUGACACGAAACUCAUCGAGGAUGCUUAUCCCUGUACGCCACUACAAGAGGGCCUCAUGGCUCUAUCCGUUACACAACCAGGCUCCUAUAUGGCUCGUUUUGCCUUGAUAGUUCCCAAGAAUGUAAAAAUCGAAUCACUUAGGGAAGGCGUGGAUCAUAUGGCUCGUGCCUGUGCCAUCCUCCGUACUCAUAUUGUUCUCACACCAAGCGGGCCUGUCCAAGUGGUGCUGAAUGAAGGCCCCCAAUGGCAUACACAGGACAUUAGGCCUCUAUCAGAGGUUUCAAAAGGUGGUCCACCAUCUGUGGCCUACGGUACUCCCCUUUCGUUUUAUGAGGUUGCUAAUGACAAUGAGCACACAUAUUUGGUGUGGCAUAUGCAUCACUCCAUCUACGACGCAUUCAGCUUUCGGCUGAUGAUUGGCAUCUUGGAAAGGGCAUGCCGUCCAGAGCGUGGUGCUGCAUUGACUUCUUCCAAUUCAUUUAGGAACUAUGUGAAGUACACAGCAUCAACAUCGACAGAUGACAUGAACACAUAUUGGGUAUCCCAACUUGAUGGUGCUCAUACGGCCCAGUUCCCUAAGAAGCCGUCCAGGGUAACUGAUGUGCGUUCAGACGGGCAUUUGACACACACAUUUUCGAUUCCAGAACAAGGCAUCACUGGCAUCACGACGUCAAAUCUUUUGCGGGGAGCCUGGGCAUUAGUUCUUUCUAGAUACCUUGAGGACGACGAUGUCGUUUUUGGAAGUACCGUUGCCGGACGCAGCGCCAAUAUUUCGAAUGCAGGCGACAUCAUAGGUCCAACGGUCGCAACCGUUCCAGUUCGAGUGCAGAUGGACAAAGAAGAUGAGGUCGCAGAGUUCUUGAAUAAGAUUCAACAGCAAGCUACCAACAUGAUCCCGUUCGAACACGCCGGCUUACAGAACAUUGGCAAUCUAGGUAAUGUAGCCAGGGAGGCCUGCAACUUCCACAAUCAGCUCGUCAUCACACCUUCUAGCAUGAUUGGCAGUUCGGACGAUCUUGCAGGUGAAAGUUUCGACAUUAAGAACUUAGCAUACGCGAACCAAAGUUACGACGUCUUCCCCUUGGUUUUGGAAGUUGUCGUUGACGAGACUGGCAUUGCCCAAAUAGAUGUAACUCACGAUACUCGUUACAUCACCGCCACACAGGUGAAGAUGCUAUGCCAGCAAUACUCUUUUGUCAUAUCUCAACUGGCCCUCCGACAGCAAGACAAGAUUUCACAAAUCAAAAUGUGUGGGCCAAACGAUAUGGAACAAAUUAUGCGGUGGAAUACACAGAAUCCUCCGCAGCUGUUUGAUACAUGCCUUCCUGACCUUAUUUCUACGCAGGCUCAACGCUUCCCACACAAAGACGCAAUUGUGGCAAGCGAUGGCAAGCUUAGUUAUUGCGAGUUAGAUCAGCUUUCGGAUCGCCUCGGUUUACACUUGGUUGACCUCGGUGUGUCUGCAGAGAUGAUGGUCCCCUUCUGCCUUGAAAAGAGCAAGUUGGCAGCUGUAGUCAUGUUGGCUAUUAUGAAGGCAGGUGGUGCAUUCGUGCCACUUGAUCCCGAACAUCCUAAAAAACGUCUUGAAGCUUUGGUUCACAGGGUGAAUGCUGAGAUCAUUAUUGCCUCUCCUAGCACAGCGGCUUUGUGUAAUGGAAUGGCAUCGAAAAUCGUUGUGGUAUCGACUGACAUGAUUUCGAGUCUCAACUGCGGAUCCGAGGAAAAUUUGUCAAUCAGUCAUUGCAGUCCAAAAAAUGCUGCCUAUGUCAUGUUCACAUCAGGCACAACUGGAACACCCAAGGGUAUUGUUGUUGAGCAAGCCUCUUUGUGCUCUAGUAUCAUGGGUCACGGUACCGCCUACGGCCUCAACCCUUCUUCUCGAGUUUUGCAGUUCUCUAAUUUCACCUUUGAUGGAAGUUUGAGUGAGCUCUUCACUCCUCUUGCCUUUGGAGGUACGGCAUGCAUGCCAUCUGAUACUGAGCGACUGCAAGAUGUUGCUGAAUUCAUCAGAGCCCAGCAAGUAAACGUGGCGAUCCUGACACCAUCGUUUGCAAAUACGCUAAACCCGGAAGAAAUACCCUCAUUGAAAACACUGAUACUAAGCGGCGAGGCAUUGGUCAAAGACCACCUCACGACCUGGCUAGGUCAUGUUACUCUGAUCAACGCAUACGGACCAUCAGAAGUGUGUGUCGAUUGCACUACCCACAUCUUCCAGACUACAGAGGAGUCCCCGGUUAAGAUUGGAUUUGCACACAACGCAACUUGUUGGAUUGUAGACCCUGACGACUAUAAUCAGCUAGCACCUGUUGGUUGCGUUGGUGAGCUGCUGGUUCAAGGUCCGGGUAUUGCCCGAGGUUACCUGGAUGAUGAGGAAAAGACCAACCAGUCGUUCAUCACCAGCGCUACUUGGCAGCCUGAAGAAGCUACGUUGCCAAGACAUAGAAUGUAUAAGACUGGAGAUCUCGUCAAAUACAACUCAGAUGGUUCCAUGGACUACAUUGGGCGGAAAGAUACACAAGUCAAAUUACGUGGUCAAAGACUCGAGCUGGGUGAGAUUGAGUUCAACAUCAAGCGAGCAUCAUCGGCCGUCACACAUGUUGUUGUUGAUGUAAUCCGGCUAGCAGACCGAGACUUACUACUUGCAUUCUUGACAUUCGCCAAGGAAAAAUUCUCAGACGAAGGCAGCAGGUCCGAGGACAUUGGAUUUCUCAGCGUCAAUGAGGACUUGCGACAAACUUUGUUCAAUAUUGCGAGCAACCUUCGCGAAUCGCUGCCAGCGUACAUGGUCCCUCACUACUUCCUGCCGCUAAGCAAAAUGCCUUUCGUCUCGUCUAUGAAGAUUGACAGGAACAAUCUUAAGCUCCUAGGUGGAAAUCUCUCUGAGCAACAACUUUCAAAUUUCACUUUGGAAUCGACGGACUUCGUCGAACCAGCAACAGAGAUGGAGCUAAGACUUCGGCGUCUAUGGGCGGAGGUGCUAAUGACAGAUGUCAGCAAUAUUGGCAGACAUGACAAUUUUGUGACCGUUGGGGGCGACUCCAUUAAAGCUGUACAGCUCGUGUCACUGGCUCGCCAACAUAAGAUUAGUCUCAAUGCAGCAGCCAUCUUGAAAGAUGGCCGUCUUUCCCGAAUGGCGGCAACUGCAACAACUAUCGAGACCAUCGAAAUCCAGAAUACGGAGUCCUCGCUCACAAUUCCAUUACAGAGCAUCGUUGACUCAAUCAACGCAGCCGACAGCCAGGAUCAGUGCAAUACACAUGCAAUAGCAGACGUCGAGGAAACGUACCCGUGCACAUCUGUUCAGGAGGGUCUUAUGGCCCUCAGUGUUACCCAGCCAGGCUCAUACACCGGGCGACAAGCUUACAGAUUAUCCAAACAUGUUAAUGUGGCUGCUUUUAAGUCUGCUUGGGAACUGACUGUAUCACGAUGCGCCAUCCUACGCACUAGAAUCAUCUUUCAUGAUGGAAACUCAGCCCAGACGGUCAUCAAAAAUGAUAUUCACUGGGACUCUGAAGAUGACACCAGUCUUGAUGAAGCUAUGGAGCACUGCGAGGGUCUCAAAAUGACUUAUGGAACCCGCCUUUGCCGAUACGCCAUUGCAAAGGGAUCUGAUGGGCACGUCUAUUUCCUCUGGACAAUGCAUCACGCCAUUUUUGACGGCUGGUCGGUCAAUCUCAUAAGAGAACAGUUUAACAGCUACUAUAAUGGCACCAUGGUUCCCGCAAACCAGCCGUACUCACAAUUUAUCAAGUACAUAACGAGCUUGGAUACUACCCUUAGCAGAAACUACUGGAAUGAGCAACUCUCGGGUGCUGUGCCCGCCGUUUUCCCUCCUCUUCACACUACAGUCACCUCUACGAAUCAGGUUACACGAGAGUUAUCCAAACGCAUCAGAUAUCCUCAGACGGGGACUUCAUCGUCUAUUACCAAAGCAACAAUUCUCCGCGCAGCCUGGGCUGUCGUCCUUGCGAGGUACUCUGAUACCUAUGAUAUCUGCUUUGGCACGUCUAUUUCAGGGCGACAAGCGCCCGUCGCAAACAUCGAAAAUAUGGCUGGCCCUACGGUGGCAACGGUACCUGUGAGAGUGCGAAUAAAUAAGGAGGACACCAUCAUUAGGUUCCUUCAGGAUAUACAAGCACAAGCGUCCGAAAUGGUGCCGUUUGAACAAUUCGGUCUCCAAAAUAUCUCAAAAUUGGGUCCUGAAGCCCAAGCAGCCUGCUCGUUUUCUAGCUUGUUGGUCGUUCAGCCGGCCGACUUCCUUGAUUCCGUGUCGCCUGACUCGGAGCCCAUCAUGACAGCCGCUCAAGUGGAAGCGGCCUCGGAAGAUUCCAAGUUCAACGACUAUUUCAACUAUCCGCUGGUGGUACAAGGCAUUUUGCAUAAAGACUACGCAGAGUUCCACGCCGUCUACAAUUCGGCUGUCCUGAGUGAAACACAGAUCGCUUCACUGUCAAACCACUUUGACCGGGUUGUCCAACAGCUCCUUGAUCCCGGUCAAUCCACAAUGAAUGACAUUUCUCUGACUAGCUCAUGGGAUAUUGAGCGUUCUGUCGCAUGGAACGAUCAAAACUAUGACGCCAUUGUCGAUACCUGUGUCCAUCAGUUGCUUGAGGCUCAGGCUGAGAUCCAGCCCGAUGCGAUUGCCAUACACGGAUGGGAUGGGAAACUGACAUACGCACAACUCAAUGACGCUGCAGACAGACUCUGCAGGCAUCUUAGCACUUACGAAAUUGGGACUGAGGAGUUAAUCCAUGUAUGUUUUGAGAAAUCCGUCUGGUUCUUUAUAGCUAUCUUCGCCAUCAACAAGAUCGGAGCUGCCUGGGUGCCACUUGACCCUUCCCAUCCGGUUAAACGUCAACAGGCCAUAUUACAACAAACCAAGGCUAAGCUUGCUCUGACUUCGCCAUCCAAUAUGGCCAUGUGUUGCUCACUCGGGUUGGAAGUUGUUUGCGUGACUCAAGAAUUGGACUUGACACUGCGAAAGACCGACGUACCAGCAUUACAACCGCCCAGAGCUGUCUACAGUCACAAUAUUGCAUAUGUGCUUUUCACUUCUGGCACCACAGGUGCCCCCAAAGGCGUUAUUUUAGAACACCGUGCCGUCUGCACAAGCCAGAUUGCAGUAGCCAAGAGGCUCGGCAUGAGUCGUCGCACUAGGAUGCUGCAAUUCUCGUCGUAUAUAUUUGACGCAUGCAUCACUGAGUCCAUCGCUACUUUAAUUGCUGGAGGCUGUAUUUGCGUGCCCUCUGACCACGUAAGGAUGAACAGCAUACCUGCUUUCAUCCGUGAGAUGAAUAUCAACUGGGCACUGCUCACGCCAGCCUUUGCCCGCACCAUACAGCCGGAGGAGAUCCCCUCACUGCAGGUUCUGCUGGUAGGAGGCGAGGCAAGCGGAAAAGACAUCCUGGAUACAUGGCUCGGUAAAGUGCGUCUCAUCAAUUGUUGGGGUCCCGUGGAGGCUUGCGUAAUGUGCGCGUUUCAUGAAUGGAAGUCAACCGGCGAGUCUUCCCUGACAGUCGGAAAGCCUGUGGGAAGUUCUUGUUGGAUAAUGAGCACGCAUAAUCCUCGAGAACUAGCUCCAAUUGGUCAUGUUGGCGAAAUAGUUAUCCAGGGCCCAACGUUGCUUCGAGAAUAUCUACAUAAUGCCGUGAAAACAAACGAGGUUAUGCUCCUCGACCUUCCUAGCUGGAUGCCAGGGAGGGAUGGAGCUAAUACGAACCGCGCAUACCGGACAGGAGACUUGGCAUUCUAUAAUACGGAUGGAACUAUUGAGUUUAUUGGCCGCAAAGAUACGCAGGUCAAGAUUCGCGGUCUUCGCAUCGAGUUUGGAGACAUAGAGCAUAACAUUCGAAGUGCGCUGGAAAAUGUUGAGCACGUAGCUGUCGACGUGCUCAAGCAUGGGUCGACUGAUAUGCUGGUCGCAUUCUUCACACUUUCCACCGAAGAACAGCCUGAAGAGAACAAUAGCCAUGACAUCCUGGAUGGCAAAAUCCGCCCACUCGACAAAAUAAAGCACAGCAUCCUAUCAAGGCUUAGAGAGCGGCUACAAGCAUCACUACCUGCUUAUAUGGUGCCUACCUUGUUUCUUCCCCUCCGAGAGAUGCCUUUGAGCACGACUUUGAAAGUAGACAGGAGAGUUCUCAGAGAGUUGGCCGGAAGCCUUAGCCCUGAACAGAUGUCCGUGUACACACUGGCAUCUCAAGACGUGACUCCUCCUACGACUGACAUGGAGCUCAAGCUUCGAGGUAUUUGGGCCGAGAUACUUCAAAUCAACAUUGAUACCAUUGGGAAACACAGCAAUUUCCUUCAAAUUGGCGGAGAUUCUAUCAGCGCUAUACAACUUGCCUCACUCGCACGCCAGAAUGGUAUCGAUCUGGCUGUGGCUGAAGUCAUGAAAGACGCUCGCUUAUCAGAAGUUGCCAGGGCUGCUAAAGCCAAUAACGACGAUCCUGCACCAACAUUAAGUCCCUUUUCUUUACUUCCAGCUGCAAGCAUCAAUGAUAUACUUGGCAAGGCUCGGGCCGAAUGCGGCUUGGGAGAGUCACAAAGUAUUGAAGAUGCCUACCCUUGCUCGACAUUGCAGGAGGGUCUUCUAACUCUCAGUGUCACUCAGCCGGGUUCCUAUACGGCUCAAAAUGUGUAUCAACUGUCCUCCGACGUCGAUAUUUCCCGUUUCAAGGAAGCCUGGAGCAGGACUGUAUCUGCAUGUACUGCUUUACGGACCAGAAUUGUGUUGAUAGACUCUCUCCCAGUACAAGUUGUCAUCAACGAUGAUGUUCAUUGGGAUUCUGAGGCUGCUGAUCUCACGACAACUCUUGAAUACUCUGGCAGAGUGAAGAUGACGUAUGGCUCUCGCCUAUGCAGAUAUGCACUUGCCAAGGGCGCAGAUGGGCAAGUUUAUUUCAUCUGGACAAUUCACCACGCCAUGUUUGAUGGCUGGAGCAUAAACCUAGUGAGACAGCAAUUGGAGAGUUUCUAUCAGAACAUCACACCUCCCUCCAUGCAGCCAUAUUCUCACUUCAUCAAGUAUAUCAUCGAUCAAGACGAUGAAUCAAGUCGCAAAUAUUGGACAAGUCAGCUCUCCGAGGCCAGAAAAGCAGUCUUCCCACCUACAAGUUCAAUGCACAAUGUCAAUGCCAAUCAAUCAAUCACUAGGUCCAUCUCGAUUCCUAAAUCAACCGGCUCACAUAUCACCGCCGCAACAGUCCUGCGCGCAGCGUGGGCUCUUAUUCUCGCUCGAUACUGUGACACAGAUGACAUAUGCUUUGGCACUACCAUUUCUGGUCGCCAGGCCCCUGUCCCUGGCCUUGAUACAAUUGCUGGCCCAGCAGUUGCAACAGUACCUGUGCGACUCCGGCUUAGCCAGCAGUCUACAGUGGCUAACUUCUUAGAGCGCGUGCAAGAGCAAGCGUCCGAGAUGGUGGCAUAUGAACAGUUUGGUCUGCACAAUAUUGCCAAGGUCAGCGCUGAUGCGCAGGAGGCUUGUGACUUUUCCAGUUUAUUCGUGAUUCAGCCUGGGAGCAUACUGGGUGCUGCAACUGAUUCCGACACUCUUAUGACUGCAGCAUCAGGAGACGCAAGACUCACUGACGGCUCUCAAGGCGGAUACUUCAACUAUCCCCUUGUUGUGCAGACGGUCAUCAACCAAGAUGACGUUGGCUUUAAUGCAAUUUACGACCCGGACGUUCUGACCCAGUUCCAGGUCGACGCUCUGUCUAGACACUUCGACACCGUUGUCCAAAAGCUUUUAUCAUCAUCGGCCAUGGACAACGUCCUGCUCAAGAGUAUCUCCCUGACCGGAUCAUGGGAUAUUGAGCAAGCCAUUAGCUGGAAUGUGGAGACUCUCGAGAAUGUUGACUCAUGUGUUCACGAUUUAAUCACUCAACAAGCUCAAAUCCGGCCAAACAACAUGGCAGUAGAAGCAUGGGACGGUUCAAUGACAUACUCAGAACUAGAUUCUGCUACAAACCGGCUAGCCCACUACAUUCUACAGACCCACGACCCAAAGGUAGAAGAACUCGUACACAUAUGCUUCGAGAAGUCUCUCUGGUAUAUCGUCGCUGCGAUAGCUGUCAAUAAGGCUGGGGGUGUUUGGGUGCCACUAGAUCCCUCUCAUCCAGCACAGCGGCAACAAAUAGUUGCACAACAAACAGGAGCCACGCUUGCGUUAUCAUCACCAUCUCAUUCCGAUAAGUGUCGCGAUCUAGGGUUAGAGGUUAUUGAAGUCAGUCAGGCCUUAGAUGAUAUGCUGGUUUCCAAAUACAACGAUUCCUCCAUCUCUGCGCCAGCUACAAAGCUAUCGCCUAACAACGCAAUCUACGGACUCUUCACAUCUGGCAGCACAGGCACCCCUAAGGGAUUCCUGAUGGAACACAGGGCAGUAUGCGCUAGUCAAGUUGCCAUGGCGAAAAGGCUAGGUAUGAGUCCGUCAUCCAGGAUACUACAAUUUGCUUCCUACGUCUUCGACCUGUCGAUAGGUGAGAUUAUUGCUCCAUUAAUCACAGGAGCAUGUAUCUGCAUCCCAUCUGAGCAGACCCGUGUCGGAGGGAUCAGUCGCUUCAUCUGCGACAUGAAUAUAAGCUGGGCAUUCUUAACGCCAUCUUUCAUCCGCACUCUGCUUCCCGAAGACGUCCCAGGUCUCAAGGUCAUCUUGCUGGCUGGCGAGGAGGUCGGCCAGGAUAUCCUUUCUACCUGGCUCGGAAAGUUUUCUUCGGCCGCCGAAUCCCCAUCGACUCUUGGACGCCCAGUUGGGUGCUUCUGUUGGAUCGUUGACCCUGAAAAUCCCCAAAAGCUUGCUCCAAUCGGCUGUGUUGGUGAGGUAGUCAUCCAAGGUCCAAGUCUAUUGCGAGCGUACAUUGCAAACAGACAAAAGACCUUGGAGACACUAGUCAAGGAUCUGCCUGACUGGAUACCAGAGCAAGCUCGCAACAAGUGGAGCCAGUUCUAUAGGUCUGGAGAUUUAGCUUGCUAUAAUCCAGACGGCACACUCAAAUUUAUAGGGCGGAAGGACACCCAGGUGAAAAUUCGCGGACUUCGAGUAGAACUUGGAGACGUGGAGCAGAAUAUCCGUGCCGCACUGUAUGGCGUUGAACAUGUCGCCGUGGAUGUUCUGAAAACAGAUGCUGGAGUGAGACUCAUGGCCUAUCUCUGCUUCAGCCGGGAUUUGCAAUCUGGUGAUGCCAAAGGCGGCAGUUUAACAUCUUCUCGCAAGGACGAUAUGUUCUUGCCUAUGACAGAGGACCGCAGAAGCCAAAUGGCGGUUCUGAUCGGACAUUUGCGUGUUAAGCUGCCCGGCUACAUGAUUCCGGCGACAUUUAUCCCCUGUCGAUAUCUACCUUUCGUAGUGUCAGGCAAGCUGGACAGGAACAAGUUGCGAUUCAUGUUGACGUCUUUGAGUCCAGAGGAUAUCGCAGAAUACUCGUUGGUGGACUCAGUCAAACGCUUGCCACAAACCUCCACAGAAAGAGUACUGCAAAAGCUGUGGGCUUCGGUCCUCAAUAUCUCGCCUGAUUCCAUUGGUAGAGAUGACAGCUUUCAGCAACUUGGUGGAGAUUCCAUCACCGCUGUACGACUUGUUCUACUGGCUCGUCAGCAAGGCAUAUGCGUCACAGUGGCUUCCAUCUUUGAAGACGGUCGUCUGUCAAGCGUGGCAGCAAGAGUGGAUGAUGAUGCCGAAGAUUUCGAUGAAGAGUUGAUGGACUAG